GAUGGCAACGCUCAUGAUGUGUGCAAAUUUCAAAGUUACAGCCUGAAACAAUGACCCCUUAGGCUGCUGAAAAUUGUUUCGACCGUAGCGUCUCAGGGAAAUUUCGGCUGAGGUUGGCCUCAGCUGCUAAACUUCUGUGUUGGUUCGUGUUUUUGUUGAUAUUUACUCGAGACAUACGCGUGUGUUUAUUUUAAUAUUUGAAGAGAAAGAGCGGAAUGUUUGUGGCCCUGUGUGUGGUGUUGUGCGGGUGGUUUCUUGCCUCCGUAGAAGGCGCUAUCGAAGUAAGCAUAAUCCACUUUAACGAUUUCCACGCUCGCUUUGAGCCGGUAAAUCCUGUGACGGGCGGCAUCUGCGAGAAAGGAGCCGCGAAUACUUGCGUGGGUGGAUUUGCACGCAUGCACGCGAAAAUACUUGAGCUGAAAAAUCAAGAACCAAACUCGUUGGUCAUAAACGCUGGUGAUGUAUCUACUGGAACUCUUUGGUACAACCUCUUUAAGUGGAAUGUCACAGCAGAGUUCAUGAAUCUCUUACCAGUGGAUGCACAGGUAAUUGGGAAUCACGAAUUUGACAUCGACGGGCCGAAAGGUGUCUUAAAUUAUUUAAGCCUACUUCAGAGCACACCGACGGUACUUUCUAACGUCGACACCACGAAGUUUCCAGACUUGCAGAAAUAUCUGAGCAAAUGGAUAAUCGUGAAUAAAAAUGGUUUGCGUAUUGGCAUCGUUGGAUAUGUUUCAAAGAUGUUCCCGAUCCUAGAGAACACAGGCGAUCUGAUAUUUGAAGACGAAGUGGAAGCAACGAAUAAAGCCAUCAAAGAACUAAGAGAUCAUUAUGUUGAUGUGGUCGUGGCGAUCUCCCAUACUGGAUACCUUGAGGAUGUGAGGGUUGCAGAGCAAGGCCUAGACGCUGACAUCAUAGUGGGUGGUCACUCUCAUACUUUUUUGUAUACUGGCACACCUCCACUGUCCAGCGACAAACCUGCAGGACCUUACCCAAAAGUCAUUACUCAACAAAGCGGUCGAAAAGUUAUCAUUGUUCAAGCCUCAGCUUUCUCAAAGUACGUGGGUUUUUUAAAAGUAAAGUUUGAAAAAAUUGCCGGACAGUUUCAGGUAUCAUCGUGGGAAGGCAACCCUAUUUUGCUGGACAAAACCGUGCGCACACAUCCUUUCAUUGAAGAAAAACUCCAACCCUGGCGUAGCGACGUCGAACUGAUCGGAUCUAAAGUGGUAGGCAAGACGCUAGUAGACUUGGACGCCACCAACGGGGUCUGCCAUUUAGAGGCAUGCACCAUCGGCAAAUUGAUCACGGAUGCGAUGGUCCACGAGUACACGAAACAGAGAGAGGGUCGCAGUUGGACGAGAGCAAGUGUGGCGGUCCUUCAUGCCGGGGGGAUACGAACUUCGAUCCCCCAUGGAAAUAUUACAUUCGGGAACAUAUUGAUUCUCUUGCCGUUUGAGGACAGAUUUGGUAUCGCGGAGCUCAGCGGACGGCACUUCAAAGAAAUAUUGGAGUUUUCAGUGGAACUUCAUCACUCACCAUUCUUGCAGAUGUCAGGUGUGAAAGCGACAUUUGACAUGACGAAGCCGGCGGGUGAGCGAGUCUCAGAUAUCCUGGUGCGAUGUUCAGAUUGCUCUGUGCCCACAUAUGAACCGCUUCUUCCGUACAGAUACUAUCGCAUCAUAAUGUCCCAGUAUAUGUACAAAUACAGUGUCUAUGAUCAGAUAAAAAAACGAGCCAGGUAUUGGGAAUCAGGGAAAAGGGAUACUGAGAUCGUUAUGAACUACUUGGAAGCUUUCAACCCAGUGAUCGUGGAGCUCGAUGAAAAUGUGUCCGUUAAGAUGACAUCGGAGCAUGCCAAAAGAAUCAGAGCAGCUACAAAAAAUAAAUAUGGCCCUUGAGAACAAUCAA